AUGGCUUCUGCGGGAUACUUCCCGGGCCCGACGUCGUUUCGCCUGGCGAAGCUCGCCCAAGAUGCCUAUGACUAUCCCAUGAGGGUCUUCCAGGCCGCGCCGCCGGAGACCCAUCCUUCCCUGCCGCACCUCACCCUCCUCGUCUUCGAGGCUGUCCUAGAGGUUGUGUGCGUCAGUUUGCCGGGCUACAUCAUUGCCCGGCUCGGCCACUUUGAUGCCGACAAGCAAAAGUUUCUGGCCAAUCUCAAUGUGAUGCUGUUCACGCCAUGCCUGAUCUUCACCAAGUUGGCUUCGCAGCUCAACGCUGAAAAGCUGUCAGAGCUUGCCAUUAUCCCUGCCAUUUUUGUUGUGCAGACGCUGGUGUCGUGGCUCGUGUCCUUUGUCGUCGCCAAGGUUUUUAGGUUCAACAAACGCGCGGCCAAUUUCGUCACCGCCAUGGGCGUCUUUGGAAACUCCAAUUCGUUGCCGAUUUCACUCGUUCUGUCGCUGUCGCAGACCAUCAAGGGCCUGCACUGGGACCGGAUCCCUGGCGACAACGACGACGAGGUUGCCGCGCGUGGCAUCCUCUAUCUCCUCAUUUUCCAGCAGCUUGGCCAGCUCGUCCGCUGGAGUUGGGGCUACCACGUGCUGCUCGCCUCCAAGGACAAGUACCCGGAGUACCAGCAGCACGUCGCCGAGGAGGGCCAGUACCGCUAUGAGGACCACGAGGAGCAGGAGGCCGAGCGCCUCAUUGCCGGCCUGGACGGAGACACCGAGGAUGACGAGGACGAGGGCAGCGUCGACUCGCACACGUAUGUGCCGGCCGGCCGGACUCCCGUAGUCGGCACGUCCACGGCUUCCGUGGCCGAUUCAAGCGACGACGAGUUUUCUCCCAAGAAGUCGCCUUCGAAAGUCGGCUCGACACCCGUCAAUGGCAAUCAUCUGUCGCUCAAUGGAAACGAGCCCCAUUACAUGGCCUUUCCUCGUGUCGGCAGCAGCAGCAGCAUCACCCAGUUUGAUUCCAACGGCGACGGCAUCUUCGCCCGGGCAAAGGCAUCCGUGGCGAGGGGGGUUCGCUCCGUUGGUGCUGGGAUUGCCGGUUUUUUCUCGCGGCUCUACCAGAGCCUGCCUCGACCCGUUCAAGUGACACUGUCGUUCAUCGCCACGGCGAUUCGGAAAACGUGCAACUUCGUUUGGGAGUUCAUGAACCCCCCGCUGUGGGCGAUGCUGAUGGCCGUUUUGGUGGCGUCGAUCCCCAAGCUGCAAGAGCUUUUCUUCGAAGAGGGCUCCUUCAUCAACAACAGCGUGACCAACGCGGUCAAGUCGAGUGGUGGCGUCGCGGUGCCCCUGAUUCUGGUGGUGCUCGGAGCCAACCUGGCACGGAACACGAUGGCGCACGACGACGCGCACGACCCGGAGGAGGAUCAGAUCGGCACCAAGCUGCUCAUCGCGUCGCUGCUGAGCCGCAUGGUGCUGCCGACUGUGAUAAUGGCCCCGAUCCUUGCCGUAACGGCAAAAUACCUUCCGAUCAGCAUCCUCGACGACCCCAUCUUCAUCGUCGUCUGCUUCCUGCUGACGGGCGCCCCGAGCGCGCUGCAGCUGGCCCAGAUCUGCCAGAUCAACAACGUGUAUGAGAAGACGAUGGGCCGGCUGCUAUUCCAGAGCUACGUCAUCUGGAUUCUGCCCUCGACGCUGGUCCUCGUCAUGAUGGCCCUCGAAGUGGUCGCGUGGGCCACUUGA